GGAGCGAGGAUGUUGUGUUUGCCAAACGAAGACCGUGGGAGGAAAACCGCAGAAGAUAAGAGCGAUCAGUAUGACACAUAGCUCCCAAAGAGGUCUAGCCUCUCACGUGAUCCUUUGCGGGGAGCGAAAUCGGAAGCUAGUCCGAAUAUGGAAGCAGCCAUUCUGACGGUCGAACAGAAACAAUUCACAAGGACCCUUCAACGACUCCUCCAAGCCAUAGUGUGUUAUCGCGCCUGAUCAGUGAGAGAGAAGUGACAGGCUGUGAUUGCCAGCUUUGGUGGAUCGGUAUGUCCGUUUUCUGGAAAUCGCAGACUCCGGGACGCCGUACAUUUCGGCAAGGUCUCCGGCGACAACAUCGGGCAAACCCCGUCUGAGGGUUAAAAGACUGCUCAUAAUCGGUAUGUGGGUGAUACGAGACGGUGUCGGAGAUUUGAAACAGUCUGUGGAUCAAGUCAACGGGUAUGGCGACGUCAAGGAGGAUGGAAUACCAGCGUCUUGGAAAUAGCGGGCUGAAAGUGUCCAAAAUCAUACUCGGGUGCAUGACAUAUGGGAAUCCGUCAUGGCAGGGUUCUCCAUGGGUGCUGGAUGAGGAGCAGUCACUGCCUCUUGUGAAGAAGGCGUUUGACAUGGGGAUCAACACGUUUGACACGGCAGACACAUACUCGAACGGGCUGUCGGAGACGAUCCUGGGCACCGCGAUGGCCAAGUACGCCAUUCCACGCAGCAGGGUGGUGAUCAUGACCAAACUCUACUACCCUGUUCUCGAAGACGACCUGGACUCACGGCCAAACCCAGCCGUCAACGACGGCGAGCUCGUGAACCAGAUGGGGCUAAGUCGGAAACAUAUCUUCGACGCGGUGGAAGGGUCCCUUCGCCGGCUCAAGACGAGCUAUAUCGACGUACUGCAACUGCAUCGGCUUGAUCUCGAGACACCGCCGGAGGAGAUCAUGCGGGCGUUGAACGAUCUCGUCCGCAUGGGCAAGGUACAUUACCUGGGCGCCUCGAGCAUGUACUGCUGGCAGCUGGCACGGUUGCAGUACACGGCAAAAAUGAACGGGUGGACUGCCUUUACGAGCAUGCAAGGAUUAUACAAUCUGCUUUACAGGGAGGAGGAGCGCGAGAUGAACCCAUUCUGUGAAGCAGAGGGUAUCGGUCUUAUCCCGUGGAGCCCGCUAGCUCGAGGCCUGCUGGCUCGACCGUGGCACGAAAAAUCAGCACGAAGCGACCAGGACGAAAAGACCAAGAAAUGGUUCGUCGGCGACCAGAACCAGAUGAUCGUCGCGAGGGUGGAGGCCAUUGCAAGCCGCAAAGGGUGUAGCAUGAGCGCGGUGGCGAUGGCGUGGCUGUUGCGCAAAGGGGCCUGUCCGAUCGUUGGGCUGAAUAGCAUUGAGCGAAUCGAGGCUGCCACCGAAGCUUUAGGCGUGCAAUUGACGGAUGAAGAGCUCGAUAUGCUCGAGGAGCCGUAUAGACCGUUAGCGCUGCAGGCUAUCUGACAUGGAGUUUUCAUACGGGGCACAAGUUAGAGAGGAGAAUCCUCAAUCUCUUCAAUAUGGCAUUUCCAGUCUGUUCUGUAUUUUAGUGCACGGUGGCUCUAUAGAACAAAUCAUAUCACACCCCGUUAGACAUCAUCCCUGGGAAUGUAAACUCGCCAAGAUCCGUUAACAAAAAGUCAUCCAUGGAGUUCACCAAGUUAUCUCCGGGGAAAGUAAACGGGCCAUGAAUUGGUCUCUCGGCCGAUCGGGCAGGAUACCCCAUUCCUUCCGAUGAAGUCAUGACUGACAAGCCAUGGUCUAUGUGCACGUUCCCCCCGGAUAUGCUCGUCAUGCAGUCAAGCAGUUUGCGUUCCAGUCCGGGCGUCAUCCGCCAGAUUGGAUGCUGCGCAAUACACUGCGUGCCGCGGAACCGGUCCAGGACUUUCCUAAUGAGUUCGAAAUUAUGUGCAGGC